CACAGCCUCCGACAUGCAGAACGACGCCGGAGAGUUCGUGGAUCUGUACGUGCCCCGGAAAUGCUCUGCGAGCAACAGGAUCAUCGGGGCCAAGGACCACGCGUCCAUCCAGAUGAACGUGGCCAAGGUUGACAAGGUUACAGGCAGAUUCAAUGGCCAGUUUAAAACCUAUGCAAUUUGUGGAGCAAUUCGUAGAAUGGGGGAAUCUGAUGACUCUGUUCUCCGACUGGCAAAAAAAUGAUGGUAUUGUUUCAAAGAACUUCUAAUUGAAGAAAUCUUGUGAAAAAUGUCUUAAUAAAUUAGA